GGGACUGCUUUUCUGGGUAUUUCAUUAUUGCAAACAUCUGGCGCCACAGCCUGGUCCGUAGCAGGUGCUUGAUAAAAUGGGGAAACUCCUGUUCCAUAGGAAUCUUGGAAGGAAACAGGAUGCCAGGCCUAGCGCGUGUGGGGAUCCUCUCUGGACAAGGCCGCAGGGUGACCAGCAGAGUCCAGACCCGGGUGGGCUUUCUGGAUCCAUCUCACUCUGGAGGAGCUUCUGGAUCACCAUGGACUCUAUGACCAACCAACCAGGUUGCUGCUUGUGAACAUCUGCUUCCGUCAAAGGCUUCCUGCAGCCCACCACUCUCUGGAACUUUCCUGAGCCAGACCUUUUCCAGGCUGCUUACAAGUGCCAGUUGGCCUCUGAAUGGAGGUGUGGCCUGCAGGCUCUGGCCGGGCUCCCAGGGCCAUGUGGGCCCAACUCCUUGGACUUCCCUGCCCAAGCCUGACAACGCCUGUACCCUUCCUGCCGCACCCUCGGGGGCAUUUGACCAGGACUCUGGAAGACAGCUGUGAAGUACGUGACCAGGCGCAAGGAGCUUCGUGGGCGCUAGACAUCUCUGGGCCCUUCCUCUGGACCAGGGCUGGGACCAGAGGUGGAUCGGAUCCAGCCCAGCUGUGGGGACCAAGUCUGGCAAAGGAGAGAGACUCAUGCUCUGGAGCAGUUAGCCCUGAGCCUCGAAUGGCUUUUCCAAGGGGCAUCCAUGGCCAGGGCUGGUCCUUCAAUGCACAGAAGGGGAAACUGAGGCAGCCUUCCAAGAGACGUUACUUACCGAGGUCACACGGCGAGUCGGUGCGUUGUUGAGACUGGGACCCCAAGCUCUGCCUCUCGGCCCAGGCUCUUUCUCUUCACCUCCUCCCAGAGGCCAGCCUUGAGAGGUGCACAAAGGCCCCCACGCCGUGAGAGGGACCUGGCGCAGGGUCCACCUGUGCUAAGUGUUGGCCGUGUUGCCCGAGCGACUCCAUCUCUGCGCUAGGCUGUCACUCCAAGUGGAUGAUCUCUGGGGGCCCCGCUCCAACUGUGCGCCUGGGAUUCUCUGAAAUGGGGUGUCUUGCCAGGCUGUGGAGUCUCUCUGUGGCGGUCUGUGGGACACUUCUGUGCUGUUUGCUCCUCCCAGCGGACUGAAGCCAAGGAAUACGCAGGCCGGAGUUACUUCAGCCACAGCGGGGCAGGCCUCUCUGAGGAUGACCUGUUUUAUACCCCGUAAAACCCAUCGCAUCUCUCCAAUGGAGCUAUAUAAGGCGGAACGAGGCAGGCGAGGGAGGCAGCGCAGCGGAGCGGAGCCCAGGAGAGGAGAGGAGAGAGCGAGCCGGAGCGAGAGCCGGAGCGAGAGCCGGGGAAGCGAGGAGGAAGAAGCCACCGGCUUCGGGACAGGACCGCAGGUGCUCGGAGCGCCGGAGCGGGAGCCCCGCAGCCGCCAGGCAUGUACCGCUCCACCAAGGGCGCCUCCAAGGCGCGCCGCGACCAGAUCAACGCGGAGAUCCGGAACCUCAAGGAGCUGCUGCCGCUGGCCGAAGCGGACAAGGUCCGGCUGUCCUACCUGCACAUCAUGAGUCUUGCCUGCAUCUACACUCGCAAGGGCGUCUUCUUCGCCGGAGGUGCUCCUCUGGGGGGGCCCACAGGGCUUCUCUCAACUCAAGAACUUGAAGACAUAGUGGCCGCGCUACCUGGCUUUCUGCUUGUGUUCACAGCGGAGGGGAAGCUGCUGUAUCUGUCUGAGAGUGUGAGCGAGCAUCUGGGCCACUCCAUGGUGGACCUGGUUGCCCAGGGCGACAGCAUCUACGACAUCAUUGACCCAGCGGACCACCUAACUGUGCGCCAGCAACUCGCCCUGCCCUCUGCCCUAGACACCGAUCGCCUCUUCCGCUGUCGCUUCAACACCUCCAAGUCCCUUAGGCGCCAGAGUGCAGGCAACAAGCUGGUGCUUAUUCGAGGCCGGUUCCAUGCUCACCCACCUGGAGCCUACUGGGCAGGAAACCCUGUGUUCACAGCCUUCUGUGCUCCACUGGAGCCACGACCCCGCCCUGGUCCUGGGCCUGGGCCUGCUUCGCUCUUCUUGGCCAUGUUCCAGAGCCGUCAUGCUAAGGACCUGGCCCUACUGGACAUCUCUGAGAGUGUCCUAAUCUACCUGGGCUUUGAGCGCAGUGAACUGCUCUGUAAAUCAUGGUAUGGACUGCUGCACCCUGAGGACCUGGGCCACGCUUCUGUUCAACACUACCGCCUGUUGGCUGAGAGUGGAGAUAUUCAGGCAGAGAUGGUAGUGAGACUGCAGGCCAAGCCUGGAGGCUGGGCAUGGAUUUAUUGCCUGUUAUACUCAGAAGGUCCAGAGGGCCCCAUUACUGCCAAUAACUACCCGAUCAGUAACACAGAGGCCUGGAGCCUCCGCCAGCAGCUGAACUCUGAAGACACUCAGGCAACCUAUGUCCUGGGUACCCCAACCAUAUUGCCCUCAUUCCCUGAGAACAUCCUUUCCCAGGGACAGUGCUCCAGCCGUAACCCACUCUUUACCCCAGCCCUGGGGGCUCCCAGAAGCACCAGUUUCCCCCCUGCUCCUGAAAUGGGUGCUGUCUCAACACCAGAAGAGCUUCCCCGACCUCCCAAAGAGCUGGGCUUCAGUUACCUGACGUUCCCACCUCGCCCCGAGCCUUCUCUUCCAGCUGACCUGAGCAAGGAUCUUGUGUGCACCCCACCCUAUACGCCCCACCAGCCAGGAGGCUGUGCCUUCCUCUUCAGCCUCCACGAGCCCUUCCAAGCCCAUUUGUCCACUCCAUCCAGCUCUCUCCAAGAACAGCUGACUCCAAGCGCCGUGACCUUCUCCGAUCAACUGACGCCCAGUAGUGCCACCUUCUCAGAUCCACUGACUAGCCCACUACAAGGCCAGCUGGCCAAAACCUCAGCCAGAAGCUACGAAGAUCAGUUGACUCCCUGCACCACCAACUUUCCAGACCAGCUGCUUCCCAGCACUGCUCCCUUCCCCGAGCCUCUGGGCAGCCCUGCCCAUGAGCAGCUGACUCCUCCCAGCACAGCAUUCCCGGCACAUCUGAACAGCCCCAGCCAAACUUUCCCAGAACAACUGAGUCCCAAUCCCAGCAAGACUUACUUCGCCCAGGAGGGAUGCAGUUUUCUCUAUGAGAAGUUGCCUCCAAGCCCCAGCAGCCCUGGUAAUGGGGACUGCACACUCCUGGCCCUCGCCCAGCUCCGGGGCUCCCUCUCUGUGGACGUCCCCCUGGUGCCCGAAGGCCUGCUUACACCCGAGGCCUCUCCGGUCAAGCAGAGUUUCUUCCACUACUCCGAGAAGCAGCAGAAUGAGAUAGACCGUCUCAUCCAGCAGAUCAGCCAAUUGGCUCAGGGCAUGGACAGGCCCUUUUCAGCUGAUGCUUGCGCAGGCGGGCUGGAGCCACUUGGGGGGCUGGAGCCCCUGGACUCCAACCUGUCCCUGUCAGGGUCUGGCCCUCCUGUGCUCAGCCUGGAUCUGAAACCCUGGAAAUGCCAGGAGCUGGACUUCCUGGUUGACCCUGGGAACAUAUUCCUGGAAGAGGUGCCCGUGGAAGACAUCUUCAUGGAUCUCUCUACCCCAGACCCCAAUGGGGAAUGGAGUUCAGAGGAUACUGAGGCAGCGGUCCCAGGAGGGGCCCUGUCGCCUUGCAACAACCUGUCCCCAGAAGACCACAGCUUCCUGGAGGACCUGGCCACAUAUGAAACCGCCUUUGAGACAGGUGUCUCAGCAUUCCCCUACGAUGGGUUUCCUGAUGAGUUGCAUCAACUCCAGAGCCAAGUUCAAGACAGCUUCCAUGAAGAUGGAAGUGGAGGGGAACCAACGUUUUGAAUAAGUCUGUGACUUAACGUCGUCAAGUAUGGCAUAUUGUCAUCAAGACGUGGAGCUGCUCUCCACCCCCCCCGGGACUGUUGGGGGGAUUCUAGGGGCUGGAGGGGGAUAUAUCUGAUUCCCCAGGCCCUGCAGGAUUGGGUGGGGGGAGGAGGGAGGGCUAGGGAGGGGAGCUUCUUUUUAAUAUUUAGAGACUUCCAGCAAUCCCAGUUUCCAUUUCAAUCUGUAUUCACUCGUAGUGAGUUUCCUUGAAUGGGAUUUCAAGUGGAGAAUGGGGGAGUCUCACUUAUCCCCUGCGCUGCCCCAUGGGCUUGGGCCAGUUCUCCACGCCUGGGGGCCAAGCCACCCCUGGGCCUUGGUGGGGGAAAGGCAGCACCCAUUCGGGCCAGCCUGUGCCCCGAGGGGCUCUUGACACCCACGUAGAAUUCUCUACACACCAGUAACGGGAUUUCAAUUCCGAUGGACUCUGCCGCCCUGGCGGCCCUUCUUGUGACUUUUGCGCCCCGCACCUGGGGUGGGGGGCGUGAAGAGACGCUACGUUUCUUUCCGAUGGAGGAAGGCAGACCUGCCGCUGUCACACGUGUGCUUGCACGAGUGCGUGUACCUGGUGCAGGACUCACCCGGCUGCCAGACUGCCUGGGCCUGCCCAGGUGGCCACCUCGUGGUGCUGUGGUGACUUUGUAGCCAACUUUAUAAUAAAGUCCAGUUUGCCUUUUUGGUA